AUGAGUAGGCGACUGACCAAGCGGUUAUCUGUCAGAGAGGCUCUGGAGAUAAUUUUUGAACACGAUGAAGAGGGCACUGAAGUUGAACCAGAGAUAGAGGAGGAUGUCUCGGAAGUGGAAGACAACACAGAAUUGAAUCCAGAUUUUGAGGAGACUGACCAGUCAACAGAUGAAGAGGGAGAGGCGCCUGAAGAACAGGCACCUGAGGAGACAUUCCAGUCCAAGAGUGGAGACUUGCUCUGGUCUUCAUCCCCCCAGGACAAAGGAAAAAUGCAGCAUUUUGGAUUGGUUGACGACUGCAAACUGCAGGACUGGUCUGUCAUUGGAUCUGGGGGUUUCGGACAGAUCUAUAAGGCCAAACACGAAGAUUUGGGGAUGGAGGUGGCAAUCAAACUACUGCAUUAUGAUGAUGGUUCCAGUGCAUCUCUGCUGAAGGAGGCUGAGUUCAUGCGGCAGGGUGGGAGCCCGUAUGUGGUGCGUGUUUUUGGGGUGUACCAGGGGGUUCCCCCCGGCAGGGUGCUCUCGAGCCAGAUGGGCCUGGUGAUGGAGCUGAUGGAGAGGGGGUCUGUGGAGUCCCUCCUGAAGAGGCUGGGGGGCCCCCCUCCCUGGCCCCUGGCCUUCCGCCUGGCUCAUCAGGUGGCUCUUGGCAUGAACUUCCUUCACCAGCUUUGCCCCCCACUGCUGCACCUCGACCUCAAGCCCAGCAACGUGCUGCUGGACCACGGCUUCGGCACAAAGAUCACAGAUUUUGGUCUGGCCCGACUGAUGCGUAGUAUUUCCAGUGUGGGGGGGUGGGGGGAGGGGAGAGGCACGCUGAGCUACAUGCCCCCUGAAGCCUUCCAAACACCCUACAAAGCCACGCCCGCCUCUGACUCCUACAGUUAUGCCAUCCUGCUCUGGUCUAUAAUCACUGGCAGGGAGCCCUAUGGUGAUGCUGUGUUAGGCAGGAUCCAGUCUCGGGUCCCAGAGGGGUACAGGCCCAGUCUGGAGGGGGUGAACAGGGUGGCAGUUGAGGGCUUGGGGGAGAUCAUUGACCUGAUGGAGAGAUGCUGGGACCCCAGCCCCCAAAAACGCCCCUCUUUCCAUGACUGCCUCCCAGUGGCAGAGAAGGUGUUUGAGCUGCAAAACCGUGGAAUUCAUGAUGCCAUCCACCAGGUGUCCAAAGCACUGGCACUGAGUGACAGCAUCUCCAAAACCUCCAGCACAACUGGAGUGACUGUGGACCCCAGGGGAGGGUGGAACAGCAUAGACUGGACUCCUCCCAAUUUCCGGGCAGCAGACAGCGGUGUUGGAACAGAACCCUGUCCUGCCUCUGCCACCUCUAAGGCACUGAGUGACAGCAUCUCCAAAACCUCCAGCACAAGAACCAGUCUGGAGGAGCUGCUGAGUGACCUGGGACUGGAACACCACCUGAAGAACAAGCUGACUCUGAGCCAGGUGCUGCAGAUUGAUGGAGAGACAUUAUCUGAUGAAAGCAUCCAGUCUCAGAAAGCUCUGCCAUGGUGUUUCCUGAGGAAGCUGAUGAUGGUGAAUGUGACUGCUAGGAGUGUGAGGUGCACCUCUAAACAGGACAGAGCUUUGAAGGAUUGGGAAAGGUCACUGGAUACCCAGUACAAUCCACAACUCAACAGCAACAGAGUCAACCCCAUGGACCUCAUAACUGCUGUUUUUCUGUGCUCAGAUGGUUUUCUCCAGCAGGAGAUGGUUUUGAAAAUGUCCAUGUGCCAGUUCUCUGUGCCUCUGCUGCUUCCUACAUGUGAUGAACAAGAGUGCACUUUCAUGCUGUGGGCCAUGAGGGAUAUUGUGAAAAAGUACAAGCCACACUCUUUGGCGAACCCAAGAGGGUUUGUGGAGGAGAGCAUUGUUCUCUCUGACCUCCCCAUGGUCUCUUUUGUGAGGCUGGGAAACAGCAGCAUGUCCAAGUCUCACACUCUGAACCAGGUCCUCAGCAACCCUCAGCAGUACCACGACACCUUUGUUCACAAAAACAUGGAGUGUGGUGACACCCCAAGGAGGAUUUCCAAUGGGCUGGUGGAAAUCAGCUGGUAUCUGCCCCGUGGGAAGAGAGACACUGACAUCUUCUCUGAGCCUCUGGCUGUAGCUAACCUCCGUGGGGACCUCAGAGACUUUAAAACUCAGUAUGCUUUCCUCUGUAGCACCUCUGCUGCCAUAUUUGUGUUUUGUGAUGAUUUUGGGUCCGAAUGCAAAAUUCUGGACUCCAAACACACUCAGGCUCAUUGGUUCUUGAUCAGUAAUUCACAGAGCAAAAGCUUCAAUAAGAAUGAGUUCAGGAGAUGUGUUUCUGAGUUCCAGCUACGACCUAGGAACAUAAUCAUAAAGGGUCCACAGAUGAAUAAUGCAGAAUUUGUCAAUAAACUACAUUCUGCUAUCAGUGACAUUUUAAAGGGAAACGUGGUCAAAAUGAGUGUCGAAGGGAUAUCUGCUGUCUCCCAUGAGUUUGGGAUCCAUGUUGAUGAAGAUUACACCUACUGUAAGAGGGGCAAGGAGAAGGCUGAUGAAAUCACAGGAGGAAUAUCUGACAUACCAAGCUUCAAGGAAAAAGAGUUGCCCUUGCAAGGGACUGCAUGGAAACAGCUGGCCAACCUGCAGAGGGAAGAGUGCAGGAUGAAAAAUGCUGGGGAGAAAAACAUAGAAAUUUACAGGAAUGAGCUUUCAGAUCUGAUGAAGAAGCUCAGAGCACAGCAGAGAGCUCACAACAUCUCAGAGUUUAUGUCCCGUUUCAUCUCUGCGAUGUCCAGUCCCACUGAGGAGCGCAAGUAUUUCCUCAAAUGGAUGAGGAUCAACCUGGACAACCUGUCUCGCAAAGCCCUUCCACUGCUCCAGGCACAGUACAAGGAACAGUGUCAGAAUUCAUCAGAAAACAAGGAGGUCAUUGCAGAGUUGGACAGGAAGAUCUCCAGUUGUUCCUUGGGGACGGAGCACUUCCUGAGGGAAAUGGGCCAGCUGUACGAGUCGGCCUGCUCACUCCCUGAAGGCCCUACCUCUCAGAUCCAGCGCCUGCCACGUCUGGCUGCCGAGCUCCUGCAGGAAGGCUUUCCUCUGGAGCUGGUGGAUGGAGACGCAUCCAACAUUCCUCUACAGUGGGUUACACAGGUUCUAAAUGAACUCCAUCAUCUCACACAGGAUAAAUGUAAGAUCUGCGUGUUCACUGUACUGGGGGUACAGGGCACUGGGAAGUCCACACUCCUGAGCACCAUGUUCGGGGUCCAGUUUGCUGUCAGCAGUGGCAGGUGCACCAGAGGGGCCUUCAUGCUCCUUAUCAGAGUGAAAGAGGAUUUUAAGAGCCAGCUUGGGUGUGAUUACAUGAUGGUUAUUGACACUGAAGGUCUGAAAUCACCAGAGUUGGCCCAGUUGGAUGACAGUUAUGAACACGACAAUGAACUGGCCACUCUGGUGGUGGGGCUGAGUGACAUCACAGUCAUCAACAUCGCCAUGGAGAACUGCACAGAGAUGAAGGACAUCCUGCAGAUUGUGGUGCACGCCUUCCUACGCAUGAAAGAAGUUGGGAGAAAACCCUGCUGUCUGUUUGUGCACCAGAAUGUGCCAGACAUCUCUGCUCAUGACAAGAACAUGAGGCACAGGAAGCUUCUGCUGGAGCAGCUGAAUGAGAUGACCCAAGCAGCAGUUAAGAUGGAAAAGAAGGGAACCAAAAAAACAUUUACUGACAUCAUGGAGUAUCAUCCAGAGAGAAACACCUCGUAUAUCCCUGGUCUCUGGCAUGGCAACCCUCCCAUGGCACCUGUCAAUGCUGGCUACAGUGAGUCUGUGAAUUGUUUCAAGAGGAGUGUGAUUGAGAAGUUUAUGGAACAAACAUCUGGAAAGUGCUCAGCACACACAAUCAAUUCAUUCCUUGAGUGGACCAGGAGCCUAUGGAAAGCAGUGAAGUAUGAGAACUUCAUCUUCAGCUUCCGCAACAGCUUUGUAGCUGAAGCUUAUGCUCAGCUUUGUACUGAGUUUAACAAUUGGGAGUGGGACUUCAGGAAGAACAUGUACUCCUGGUUAGUGGACGCUGAGACAAAGGUGUCAAACUUUGGAACAGAAGCAGCACAGACUCAGCCACCUUCCAAUAUUGACAACUUGCUGAUCCACCUGAAAAGUGAAGCCUCUGUAAAACUGACAGAAGGGGAACAGCACAUUUUGGACAACCUCACGGAAUUCUACAAGAGACCAGACGGACAUGUUCAAUUGGUGGAGAAGUACAAGGAGGACUUCAUCAGCACAGCCAAAACCAUCAGGAUGGAGACUGAGAACUCUGUGAAAAACAAGCUUGAGGCAGCAGUGGAGAUCAGAAAGGGUAUAUUCAAGUUCGAGGACAUCCACAAAAACCACAUGGCCACAAUGGAACAGAAGGUGCUGGACCUGAUUGAGAAAUGCAGGAAAAGUGAAGAGCCAUCAGAUCAACAGCUGGAGGAUGAAUUUGAGAAGAUGUUGAAUGAGACUGUGGCAGAGCUGCAGUUCUCUGGCCUGGAAGAACGAGACAUUGUGCAAGACAUCUCCAACCAGCUGUGGGUUAACUUGGAGAGAAAUGGCAGCGCAGUACGUGAAAUACUGUCACAAGUGGGAAACUUGCAUGAGUGCGGAAGAGAGGGAUUCGAAGUGAAGGGGAAAGAUGGAUUGUGGCAGAAGAUUAGGGACAAAUUAAUUGAAGAUCAGCUGAUGGAAAAGACACAAGGAAUGGCUGAUCACAUCAUCAAGGACAGCAAGCAAUUUGUGGAUGAGAAAAUGAAAACAAAAUCUGAUUACCAUAACACAUACAUAACAGAGUUGCUUUGCAGAGUAGACAGAAACCUGGAUAGGUACAGUGAUCUGGAAACAAAUGCUGAGUUUGAGGUCAAGCUGAAGAUCUACAUCUGUGGAGAUGCAGCACGGGCAUUUAAACAAAUGCAUUUGGAUUUUAUCCGUGCAAAUGACCCCCGUCGCUGUCUGGAACAGUUCAAGGAACAGUGCCUGACUGACUUUAAGGACCUGUUCAGUAAGAGAGACCAGUGUCAGAAGAAAGCUGAAGAGUUUACCUACAACUGUCUUGCACCUGCAGUGACGGAAUACAUCACCAAGUCUCUGGGCCCUGACCUUGUGGAUGAAGUGUUGACAGGGCAGAAAGCCAUUGACUUCAGCACUCGAUCCUUCUUCCAGUUCUCAAUCCUCAAGCAGCUGCUUUCAGGAGAUAACUUUAAGGACUUUGUGAAAUACAUAAAACACUACAAGACCUUUGUACAGGACUGGAUUUUGGAGCAGAUGGUUAAGCAGUUCACUGAGGGAGAUGGCCUCAGGAGCAUUGAGAUUAAGCACCUGAAGGCAAAGGUUAAAAGAAUAAAGGAAGCCAUAAUGAACGCACAAAUGGAGGCCAGUAAACGACCAGUGGGAAGGGGUAAGGAGGCAGGAAGGGGUGAGGAGGCCCAGAACAUUCAGCAGUUAAUUCAGGAUAUCUGUAGUGACCUACAGGAGCUUGUCAUCCCUAAAGAACCCCGCAGAGCAGUCCUGGCCUUAAACACUGCCAAGCCAGAAGACUUUUCCCGGUGUCUGGAGGUGCUUGUGGAUGAAAUGGAGCAGGCCUUUACCGCAGAGUUUCAGAAAGGUGGGGAUGUGAGGGCCAGGCUGACCUCACUGCCCUUUCAGCCGCAGAAGGAGCUGUUUAAAAGGGUAUUUGGCUGUGGGAGGCAGUGUCCCUUCUGCAGGGCCCCAUGUGAAGCUGGUGGCAAGAACCACACAGAGCACUUUGCCUCCAUUCACCGUCCUCAGGGGAUCGGGAGAUACAGAAAUGAAGAUUCCAUGAAAUUAGUGUGUGACAUCUGCUCCACCAAUGUUGCCAGUGAGACUAAAUUCAAGUCGCCUGAAACAGAGUGGAAACUUCAUCCAUGCAAGGAGUAUCAGAGCAUUUACCCUGACUGGCGCAUCCAGCCUGACACCAGCAUCCAGGCCUCAGACUACUGGAAGUACAUCUUCACCAGGUUUAACAAGCAGUUUGCCCAGGAAUAUAAAGCUGAGCCUGCUGACAUUCCCCCCCAAUGGAGAGACAUUACCCAGGACCAAGCCAUGGAAAACCUGGAGGAAUCAUUCAAGAUGAAAACAGGAGAUUAA